GCUUCUGGCUCUCCGGCUGCAGCGUACCACUACGAUCAGGCAACCAGCAGCAGCGAGCAACGCUUUCUCUCUCCCCCCCGACCUAAACAAUGACUACUACCAGCACCACUGAGCGGAGGUCGGGGAUCCAGUAGCAUGCGUAAAACACGGCACCAAAUCUCUCCAUUUCGCCGCUUUUCCAAACCGUUGACUUUAACGCGCCAGCUGUAAACAUGUGGAUACCCACUGAACACGAGAAAUACGGCGUCGGCUUGUCGGUGGCUCUCCAGCUCCUUCACGGGGACAUAGACCAGCUGAGGAGGGAGUACCUGGUCCUGUUCAAGCGCGGUGUCUCCAUCACCAGGAAGCUGGGCUUCUCUGACGUCAUCAUGCCAGGAGAGAUGCGCAACGACCUCUACAUCACCCUGGAGAGGGGCGAGUUUGAAAAGGGCGGGAAGAGCGUGGCGCGCAACGUGGAGGUGACCGUGUACGUGCUCGACAUCGACGGGCAGAUCCUCAAGAGUCACGUUGCGGCGGGGUCCGGUGAGCCCGGUGGGGACGACUACCACUCGUUGGUGCUGUACCACAACAACACCCCCCGCUGGGCGGAGCACGUCAAGCUGCCCAUCCCCGUGGACAUGUUCCGCGGCUCGCACGUCCGCUUCGAGUUCAGACACUGCUCCACCAAAGACAAGGGGGAGAAGAAGCUGUUUGGCUACUCCUUCGUGCCUCUGAUGCAGGAGGAUGGACGGACACUGCCGGACGGCACGCAUGAGCUCAUCAUCCACAAGUGCGAGGAGAACGCCAACCUCGGGGAGUGCAGUCGCUACAUCAAGCUGCCCUUCUCCAAGACCAACCUGCCGGCCAACAACCAGACCCUCAAGUCCACCAAGGAGUCCUUCUGGAUCACCAGCUUCCUGUGCUCCACCAAGCUCACGCAGAACGGUGACAUGCUGGACCUGUUAAAGUGGCGGGCCCACCCGGAGCGCAUCAACGACAGCCUUUCCAAACUGAAGGAGAUCGAUGGCUCUGAGAUCGUUAAGUUCCUGCAAGACACCCUGGACACCCUGUUUGGUAUUCUGGACGAGAGCUCCAAGAGAUAUGGGCUCAAGGUGUUUGAUUCGCUGGUUCACAUUAUAAACCUUCUCCAGGACAGCAAGUUCCAGCAUUUCAAACCAGUCAUGGACACGUACAUUGAGAGCCACUUCGCCGGAGCACUGUCAUACAGGGACCUCAUCAAGGUGCUGAAGUGGUACGUGGAUCGCAUCGUGGAAGCAGAGCAUCAGGAUCACAUCCAGCAGGUGCUAAAGGCUAGCGAGUACAUCUUCAAGUACAUCAUCCAGUCCCGCCGGCUCUACUCGCUCGCGACCGGCGGCCAGAACGAGGACGAGUUCCGGAUCUGCGUCCACGAGCUCUUCAUGUCCAUCCGCUUCUUCCUGUCCCAGGAAAACAAGGCCGCCUGCCCCGUCACGCAGACACAGGCGGUGUUCCUACGGACCUUCCCGGCGAUCUACGCUGAGCUGCUGAAGAUCUUCACGGUGCGCGAGGUGGCUGGCUUCGUCCGCGAGACGCUGGCCAGCCUGCCCACCACGGCUCAGUCAGAGUGCCCCCUAGAGGCCGUGAAGCUGCAGUGCAUCGCCAAGACGGUGGAGAGCCAGCUGUACACCAACCCGGAGUCGCGGUGCGUCCUGGUCCCGGUGGUUCUGCGCCUCCUCCAGGCCCACAUGCAGGAGCAGCGAGAGCUGGUGAUGUGCGCCCGCAUCCUCACCUCCAUGCUGUCGCUCAUCAAGAAGGAGGAGACCGGCACGCCCGAGCCGGUGAUGUCUGAGGAGGUGGAGCUUAUCGUGGACAGCCUGCUGGGGGUGCUCCUACGGACCAUCCUGGAGAUCACCAACAGACCCCAGCCCGCGGGGUCCUCCCUCAGGCUGCAGUUCCAGGACGUCACCGGGGAGUUUGUGGGCUGUCUGCUGGCACUGCUCAGGGAGAUGAGUGACCGACACUACCAGCAGCUGCUGCAGUCCUUCACCAGCAAGGAAGACCUACGGGACUUCCUUCUGCAAAUCUUCACCGUGUUCAGGAUUCUCAUUCGCCCAGAGAUGUUUCCCAAAGACUGGACCGUGAUGCGAUUGGUCACCAACAAUGUCAUCAUCACAACGGUGCUAUAUCUGUCUGAUGCACUGAGAAAGAACUUCCUCAAUGACAAGUUUGACUACAAGGUGUGGGACUCGUAUUUCUACCUAUCGGUGAUCUUCAUCAACCAGCCCUGCCUCCAGCUGGAGUCCUUCUCCCCCUCGAAGAGGAAGAGGAUCCUGGAGAAAUACGGGGACAUGAGGGUGAUGAUGGGCUGUGAGAUCUUCAGCAUGUGGCAGAAUUUAGGGGAGCACAAGCUGAACUUCAUCCCGGCUAUGAUCGGGCCCUUCCUGGAGGUCACGCUGGUGCCGCAGCCCGACCUCCGGAACGUCAUGAUCCCCAUCUUCCACGACAUGAUGGACUGGGAGCAGAGGCGCAGCGGGAACUUCAAGCAGGUGGAGGCCAAGCUGAUCGACAAGCUGGACAGCCUAAUGUCUGAGGGGAAGGGCGACGAGACCUACCGGGAGCUCUUCAACAGCAUAAUUCCUCUGUUCGGUCCGUACCCUAGCCUGCUAAAGAAGAUUGAGCGAGAGACAUGGAGAGAGAGUGGCAUCUCUCUGAUUGCCACUGUCACGCGUCUAAUGGAGAGGCUGCUGGACUACAGGGACUGCAUGAAGCUGGGCGAGGUGGACGGCAAGAAGAUAGGCUGCACCGUCAGCCUCCUGAACUUCUACAAGACGGAGCUAAACAAGGAGGAGAUGUAUAUCCGCUACAUCCACAAGCUGUACGACUUGCAUCUCAAAGCACAGAACUAUACCGAGGCCUCGUACACGCUCCUGCUGUACGACGAGCUGCUGGAGUGGUCGGAGCGCCCGCUCCGGGAGUUCCUCAACUACCCCAUGCAGAGCGAGUGGCAACGCAAGGAGUGCCUCCACCUCACCAUCGUCCAGAACUUCGACCGGGGAAAGUGUUGGGAGAAUGGGAUUAUCUUGUGUCGAGAGCUGGCCGACCAAUAUGAGUCCUUCUAUGACUACAGGAACUUGAGCAAGAUGAGAAUGAUGGAAGCGUCCCUCUACGACAAAAUCAUGGACCAGCAAAGGCUAGAACCUGAAUUCUUCCGAGUGGGUUUCUAUGGAAAGAAGUUCCCCUUCUUCCUACGGAACAAGGAGUUUGUGUGCCGUGGCCAUGACUACGAGAGGCUGGAGGCCUUUCAGCAGCGGAUGCUCAACGAAUUCCCCUACGCCAUAGCCAUGCAGCACGUGAACCAGCCCGACCAAACCAUCUACCAGGCAGAGGCCCAGUACCUGCAGAUCUACGCCGUGACCCCGAUCCCGGAGAGCCAGGACGUGCUGCAGCGGGACGGCGUGCCCGACAACAUCAAGAGCUUCUACAAGUUCAACCAUAUCUGGCGCUUCCGCUACGAUCGGCCGUUCCACAAAGGCACCAAGGACAAGGAGAACGAGUUCAAGAGCUUAUGGGUGGAGAGAACGACACUCACUCUGGUGCAGAGUCUACCCGGCAUCUCGAGGUGGUUCGAGGUGGACAAAAGAGAGUUGGUGGAGGUGAGCCCGCUGGAGAACGCCAUCGAGGUGAUCGAGAACAAGAACCUGCAGCUGCGGACGCUGAUCAGCCAGUGUCAGAGCCGGCAGAUGCAGAACGUCAACCCCCUGACCAUGUGCCUCAACGGGGUGGUGGACGCCGCCGUCAACGGGGGUCUGGCCCGCUACCAGGAGGCCUUCUUCGUGAAGGACUACGUGAUGAACCACCCAGAGGACGGGGACAAGAUCACCCGCCUGAGGGAGCUCAUGUUCGAACAGGCGCACAUCCUGGAGUACGGUCUGGCCGUGCACGAGAAGUACGUCCCUCAGGAUAUGAGGCCUCUGCAUAAGAAGCUGGUGGACCAGUUCCACCUCAUGAAGUCCAGUCUGGGAAUACAGGAGUUUCCGGCGUACGUGCGCGCCAGUCCCGUGCACUUCACCAACGGAAGCCCGCGCACGUGCAGGAACUCGGUGCCCAACAUCAUCAGUCCAGAGGGAGGCAGGGGGGGGGUGGCCCGACGCAGUCCCCUCAGCUACCCGGCUGCGAACCGCUACUCGUCUUCGUCGCUGUCGUCCCAGGCCUCCAACGAAGUCAGCAACAUCACGGGCCAAUCAGAGAGCUCAGACGAGGUCUUCAACAUGCAGCCCAGCCCCUCUACCUCGAGCCUCAGCUCCAACCACUCCGCCUCGCCUAACGUGACGAGCUCAGCCCCGUCCAGUGCCCGAGGUUCCCCGCAGCUGGCCGACAAACACAAGCACUGCCGGGACAACACGUGUCUCUCUCCGCGGGACCGUCCCGUCAGCGCUGUGUUCCCCAACCCCCUGGACCCCGCACAGAGAGCUUCCUCGCACCAGAUGGGGGACGCCACUCUUCCCAGGAGUGACCCCAACCUUUCAGCCCCCGAUAAAGAUAAGGUCAAAGAGGGCAUGCGUCCUUUCCAAUGCCCCCCCGUCCCUCCUAGAGGCUUACUGACAGGCUCCUCUGUGAAGAACAUGAGGUCACAGUCGCCCGUCCUCACGUCCAGAUCCCCUCAGAAGAACACCCUGCCGCCCUUCACGCCCUCCCCCACCGAGUGCCCGUCGGCGGGGCUGGUCUCCGCCUCGCCCGUCCUCUCCGGCAGCUACAGCAGCGGCAUCUCCUCGCUGAGCCGCUGCAGCGUGUCCGACGCCUCGGCCACCGAGUACGGCACCCUGGGCGCCGACCACGGCCCCGCCUCCGCCGCCGCGCUGGCCCUGCCCCUCGGCGUGCCCAACUCCGCCUCCGAGGAGCGUGAGGUGCGGCGGGAGAACAAGACGCCGCCGCCGUACAGCGUGUACGAGCGCAACAACCCGUGCCGCCGUCCCGUGCCGCUGCCGCACAGUCUGUCGGUGCCGCCGGCCGCCCAGUCUUCGUCGUGCUCCUCGUCUUCGUCGCAGGCGGACCCCCCGGCGCUGCCGCCGAAGCCCCACCAGCUGCGCACCAGCAGCAUGAAGCUGGACUCUUCGGCGUCGCUGUCCUCCGACCCCCGCGUGACCCGACCCCGCCCGCUGCCCCGCAAGGUGUCCCAGCUAUAGGUGCUGAUUCCUGGUUGUACACCACGGUGGUGGUGGUGGUAAAGGUGGUGGUGGUGGUGGUGGUGGUGGUGUGGUGGGAAAGAUGAAGACACAAAAUGAAAAUGAGGAGAAAACACACAAAAAAAAACACUGGCGCGUUUUGCACUUUUGUACCUGGGCACUCUGUUUGUUUCUUUUUUUGUUUUUCUGAAACUCUUUUGGUUUAACAGUCCUGACCCGUAAUAGACCAUUUCAAGAAGAUGCGCAGAUUAACCGGCAGGAGAGAGACGGAGAGAGAGAGAGAAUGAGAGCGAAAGAGACAGAGACAGAGAGAGAGAGAGAGAGAGAGAGAGAGAGAGAGAGAGAGAGAGAGAGAGAGCAGGGGGAGGUUGUUAAACUGUGGCACUUUCCGUCUCUUUUUCUGUCCGUGCAAGACACACAAAGACAAGGGCAUCGCAUACACGUCGUCAUUCCGUACUUUUAGAUUUAGCUCUCUUUGUAGGCACCGAGGUAAACCAUGCCCAUAUCUUCACCGGGAACGUUCAUCAAAAUCCUUUUUUGAUAGAUGUAAUUAUCCGAAUAUAUGUAUAUUGGCUUACAUAACAAGUGUUUUUUGCCUUAAGUAUCGGAAACAAAGUCUUUUAUCCGUGUCUUGCACGUUUUUAAGUACUCUGUACUUUUGUAUACUUGUAUUGGCUACACAAGGUGCUAGGUGUGUACGCAUUUCAGCUUAGAGUAGAGGAAUCGGGUGUGAUUUACUGUAGUUGUGUACACAUAGGGCGGGCAAAACGCACACUUCAAGGAAAUGCAUUCGCUGAUGUGUUUGGGUUGAAGAGGAUGAAGGAAUCACCUCACCCCCCCGACAUACAAAUUGAUAUUGAUGAUAUUGUUUGAAAUACGCCCCCACAAAUACAUUCAUCUUAAGAUGGCGGCAGACCAAGGUUAUGAUGAUGAACUACAAAAUGAAUGUCUUAAUAUGGCAGAUUAGGUCACUCUCAGAACAUGCUGCUGUGUACAUUGCACAGCGAGAUAACCUAACAUUGUGGUUUGACUGCCUCCAAACGUACUUACUAACGAUGCUGAAUAGAAAGAAUUGUAAAGUAGUAACGCAGUAAAUACAUUUGAAUAGACAAUAGUACAGGAUGUACAAUUUACGUGUGCAUUAUGUACAGUUACAAUAAGCGGAUUUACAACGUGUACAAUGUACAUGUACAAUAUACCGGUAUCUGACUACAACCCAGUUACUUGACUGACAUUGUAUUCUCUAUAAAACAAAUAUAUUGAAACUCCAUAUUACUUGCAGUGCAUUUGGACGAGCAUUUUAUUUGAUCAAAUCUAAUCGUACAUCAAACCAUUCUAGAAGUGUUAUAUUUAUUUAAACAAAUCCCAACCCCAAAUUGCUUGCCAUUUAUUUUCAAUCGUGAACGCUGAUGAUAAACGCACUUCCUAAAUUAGCGCGUCCGAUAUUAUUGGUUAAUCUGGGCGUUGAUUGCCACGGCUGUAACAGAGAACACACACCUUCCCCUGCAUGAGUUGUAGAUUCACACAACGAGAGAUCUGUAGAGGUUUUGCAGAGUAUUGUGCCAAAGUAUAUUGUUCAGUAUGCUGUACAAAACCAUGAAACUAUAACUGAAAUCGAGGUAGCGGUGUAGGCUAAGCGAGAGUGACAGAAUUCACAGAAUUAAAAACGUUUUUUUGGGUCAAGAUGACUGCACCACAAUAUUAAGUCAAGUCUUCUAAUCAGAGACGACUUUAGACGAGCACAAUUUAAUUUUUCUAUUAAUUGUUAGUACAUUUCUACUUUUAGAGUCACUGAGGGGGUUUUGACACGGCAGUUAUUAUGAGAGAAACAUAAUUUAAUCUCAAACUGCCAUUUGCUGUCUAAAAUGACAACUGGAUACCAGGACUUUAGUGGCGGCAAACUUUGUCAAACCAACCGUUGUAUAGAGGAAUAUUUGUACAGAGGACAUCAAAUGUUUCUGUUUAUUUUGAAGAUGGAUGUCGAUUUAGUGGGGUGGAAAUGGUCACCCCAGUCGGAUCACCGAGGGUGAUGUGAAGGUAAAUUAUGUUUUGAGGGGAGGUACUGACACUUUUUUUUAAAACUCUGGUAUUGCUUGUAUGUUCCACUUGUUGAUGAAUAAUUCCCCCUUCUUGAUUUCUUGUGAAUUUUUGUUAUUAAAUAUUCACAUUAAUCAGUACAUGAGAAAUUGUAAAUUAUACGAUGAGAUUGUUGUAAGUAUGCCAAAUAUAGUACUUUUGUGUAUUACUAUUACUGUAAAUAAUGUGUUUUUAACAAAAAUGUAGCUAUAACAAUUUACAGCUUUGAAUGUUGGAAAAGCAAAUUAUUAUUAUUAUUAUUAUAAAUGUUUCAAAUUUUAUGUUUUUGUGAGCGUAGAAAAAAAUUAAGGUCAUGCAUUCCGACACCUAAUCCAUUUACCAGUUCAAUAAACUGCCCAUGUAAUAAAACAAGCUUGAUCAAUAGAUUGA